AUGAGCACACAGUAUAUUAAUGAGCCGAUUACCAGUGGAAAAGUGAGUUUUUUGGGGAGGGGAUUUUCGUAAAAUUUGAAGAAAAUGCGAAAAAGUCAAGAAAUUUGACUCGAAUUUCCCAGGUCACCCUCGAAACCACCGCUGGCGACAUCGAAAUCGAACUUUGGACCAAAGAGGCUCCCCUGGCUUGCCGGAAUUUCAUCCAGCUUUGCAUGGAAAACUACUAUAAAGGAUGCGUUUUUCAUCGACUUGUCAAAAGUUUGUAUUCACGUGUUUUUUUUGGCUGAAAAUAAUGGUUUUCUAAAUUUCAGAUUUCAUUUUGCAAGGCGGAGAUCCGACUGGAACUGGACGCGGUGGAGAAAGUAUAUGGGGAAAGCCUUUUAAGGUGAAACAUUUUUUUGCCAGUAGUUUACUAUUUUUGUUUUAAAAAAACCUGCCUGAACCUUAAAAUUUCAGCAAUUUUCGAUAGUUUCAGUCAAAGUUGGGGGGGGGGGUGUACUGAAAAUCGAUAAAUUGUUGAAAUUUCCAGGUUCUCGCGCGGGGAAAUCUAUCGCCAAUUUUUUAUUUGGUCAAAAAUCCACCUAAAACCGGCCUGAACCUUGAAAUUUCAUCAAUUAUCGAUUAAUUUCAGUCAAAACCUGGGGGUUUUUAUUGAAAAUCGAUAAAUUGUUGAAAUUUCCAGGUUCUCGCGCAGGGAAAUCUAUCGCCAAUUUUUUAUUUGGUCAAAAAUCCACUCAAAACCUGCCUGAACCUUGAAAUUUCAGCAAUUUUCGAUAAUUUCAGUCAAAACCAUGGGGUUUUCAUUGAAAAUCGAAAAAUUUCUGAAAUUUUUGGGUUCUCGCACAGGGAAAUCUAUCGCCAAUUUUCUUAUUUCAAAAAUUUCCAGGACGAAUUCCACCAACGUCUAAAAUUCAAUCGCCGUGGAAUUGUUGGAAUGGCAAACGCUGGAAAAGACGACAAUGGCUCGCAAUUCUUCUUCACAAUAGGCGAUCGCGGAGCUCCCGAACUCAACAACAAACACACCGUGUUCGGCAAAGUCACCGGACCAACCCUGUUCAAUAUGCUAAAGAUCACCGAAGUUGAGACCGAAAAAUCGACUGAUCGACCUGUUACAAUGUAUAAAAUCACUGGGGCAAGAAUUCAGAACAAUCCUUUUGAUGAUAUUCUACCAAGGGAUUUGGGAAAUUUGAUGAAAAAAGAGAAGAAGGAGAAGAAAGAGAAGAAUUCGGGGGGAACCGGAACAACGAAGAAAAUGGGACUUUUGUCGUUUGGAGAUGAAGCUGAAGAGGAUGAGGAGGAAUUGAGCACUUUCAAUAAGGUAAACUUUGGGUUUGCGCUAGAUUUUGCGCCAAAUAAAUUCAAAAAUUUCAUUCAAUUUCGAAACAUUUCACAGUUUUUCAAUAAUUAUAUCCAGAAUUAAACGAAUAACUGGGAAUGGGCUGGACCUGAACUUCUGAUCCAUUUUUCAACUGUAAAAAAACAUAAAUAUUUUUAAUUAAAUCAUUAAUUAACUAACCCCAUAAUAAUCGAUCGUUUGAUCCUCUUCCAAUUUCUGACCGUCAAACUCCAUCCUAACUUUUGACAUAAAUACGACACAUUUUGAUUUGAGAGAUCCAAUUGUGUCAGUUUUUCCAACUUGAAAACAGCGCAAAUUGUGUCGGUAACCAUUAGUGGAAGGAGUUCUCACGGUGAUUUCGAUUAACUAAAAAAAAUGCAUGACUUGAUAAAUAAUAAUUGUUUGCACUCACAUAUUGAUCCUCUUCAAUCUUCUCCAAUCUCUCCUCAACUUGCUUCACAGCCUCCUUCCAAUUCUCGAAUUUCCCCACAUAUUCCAGGAUUUUUGGGCACCGUGCGAAAUCGUGAAUCGCCUUGAUUUUAUACUCGAUUUUUGGGUCGAAUUUGGUUUUGUGAGCCCAAAGCAAAACUUCAGAUUCGCUGAAUCUCUUCGAUUUUUGGGUGAUCGUAUAGAUCAAACCCGCGAUUCUUGGGGAAAAUACUUGGAUUUUCUCGGUGUAGUAUGGGAUUUCAGCCGAACAUUUUGAACGGCAUCCACAAGACGAAGGUCUGAAGAUUUUUUGGUUCAAGGUCAACUAAAUGACAUUUUCAGGGUUUUUUAAGCAAUUGAGUUGAAAUAUUGGGUUCUAAUGUUAUUCAUAUGAUAGAAUGGUCGAAGACGAACAGAAUAAUAUAAAUGUUGAUGACUUUACGUCAUCCAUAAGUGAUUUAACGACGUUUAGUCGAUAUUCAGUCGAUAAGCCCUAAACCUCGCUAAAUCACUUAUGGAUAGGUUAAACUCAUCAAAAUUUAUAUCAUUCUGUUCGUCUUAGACCAUUCUAUCAUAGGAACAACAUCAGAACCCAAUAUUUCAGCUUAAAAACCCUGGAAAUGUCAUUUAGCCAAUGUGUAAAACUCACUCGUCCUCUGAUUUUUCGUUGAUCGCAAUUACUGACAUACUGACGUCAAUAACAUCCAUUUUUGCUCUGAAAAUUACAAAUUUCUCGCUAAAUCCAGUGGAUUUGAAAAUAUUUUUGUUAAAAAUAGAAAAAAAAGUUGGACACUUUUCUGGACCGCUUGAGACGCUCAAUAUAUGUUUUUUUGUGUGGGCGUGUCCAUCUGCACGACCUUUUAUGCGGGAAAAAUGUAUGAACGCUGAACUUGUAUAUGGGAAGGAAAAUAGCGUGUUUUUGGGUCCUUUAGAUGGAAAUUGUGGGAAAUUAUGUGCAAAAUUAAGAUGAGCAAUGAUUUUGGGUCCUACCACGAUGUGUGUGUGCUUCUAAAUCUACCGUAGUAAUUUUUUGAAAUUCGACUCAUUCACACACGUUUGAAAAAGAAGAAAGUUGUGCAAUUUUCAUCGCGCAUCCGACAAAAACGGUGCAACGCCUAGCGGUGUAAUUACCCCCACUUCAUCAAAAACAAAAAACAUAGCGAAAAUCAGCGUAUCGAGAUCUGUGCGAAUGACUUUGUUUGGAAUUUUUAGGGGUCUUGGGAAGAAAGUUAGCCUCCGCUGCGAGACCAAUAGAAAUUAAAAACACACGCGCCUUUGAUACCGUACCUCUUUUUUUUUUCAAAAUGAAAAAUAGAGAGCGCGGCAAACGAGAGAGUGCGAGAGAUGUGUGAGAACAAAAUGUGUGCAAACACAUGUCCGCAAACACCGUUGUCACUGCUUACCAUGACUCUUCAUUGCAUGGGAAAAACGUGUGUGCAUUUUGACGUAAAAUUUGCAGCCUACCAAAAAUGUGUCAGCAUUGAAUGAUUCCAGAAAACCGCGGCCAAACCAAAAUCAGCGCACGAUGCUUUGAACGACGAAAGACUGAGCAAAACUGCGGCAGUUUCGAAAAAUGAGAUGAGCAAUUAUGUGGCGGAAGAUGAUGAUUAUGAGAGGGAUUCUUCGUCGGUGUCGAAGAUUCGAGAAAAAUUGAUGAAACGCAAGAGAAAGGUGAGGUUGACGCGAUUUUUGUAGGCUACAAGAAAUGUGUCAGCAUCUAUUUUUCAUGGCGCAUUUCCUGAAGCUCACCAAAAUUCCAAAUUUUCCAGCUCGAAGAAUCGUCUGGAAGUGAUAAAAAAGAGCAAGAAGAAGAGCAAGAUUUGGAAGAAAUGAUUGAAAAUGAGAAAAAAGCCAAGGAAAAAGAGGAAAUAUCGAAAAUGUCGGAAGAAUUGACAAAAAUGCAAAAAGAAUAUAUGAAAGCGUUGCGGCCGGUCAAAGAGAAGAAAAAGAAGGCGAAAAAUGAGGAAAUUAGUCAAGCGCUCAAAGAUUAUGCUGAUUUGAAGGAGAGUUUCAAGUCGAAAACUAGUGGAUUGGUUAAGAAGAAGGAUUCGAGAAGGGAGCAACAGGUGAGCGAUUUGGGGAAGGUUUUUGGUGGAAAAAUUAUUGAAAAUGAGCAAUUUUGAAGAUUUUUACUGAAAAAUCAUGAAAAAUGAGCAAUUUUGAAGAAUUCUAGUGAAAAAAUCAUUGUAAACAAGCAAUUUUGAAAAUUUUUCCUAAAAAAUCAUGAAAACUGAGCUAUUUUGAAGAGACUACAAAAAAUGCGUCAGCAUCUGUUUUGUUGGCCCAUUUUUCGUAGCCUACAAAAUUCACGCAAAGCUACCAAAAAUGCGUCAGCAUUGAUUUUUUGCAGACCAUGCAAAUGUUGGAUCGUUUCAAAAAACGCCUUGGCGCCUCAAAUCAAGAAGCCAUUUUGCACGACAAAAAAGUCGAAAUUUCGAAAAAAGAGGAGGAAUUGGAAGAGGAGAAGAAGUUUGGGCUCGAUUUGGAUGCGGAAGAUAUGGCCGGAAUUUCGUGGUGAGAAUUUCUAGCAAAAAUUCUGGAUUUUUUGUGGAUUUUGAGCCGAAAUCCGGGAUUUUUGAGAAAUUUUACCCUAAAAUUCGAGAUUUUUUCCAGGAUGGCUCACAAAUUCAAAGCCGAAGAUCAGGAUUUGUCAUCCAAAGCAAAAGAUGCGAAUUUACGAGAGGAAGAUGAGGAUUGGUAUUCGAUAACUGAUCCAAGAAAUCGACUAAAUCGUCGAAAACGCGGGGAAUUGGACUGA